CCUUUCAUGAUUUGUUUACGCUCUCCAUGUUUCGCUCGUGUGGAAUUGGAAAAGCACUGUCUUUUGGGACAUAUAAUACUGUAGUGUAUAUGCAGUUGGGCUUUAAGUGCGUUGUUCUAAAAUUUUAGUAUUUCAUGCUAGUACAGUAUACACCUACGAUUGUUAUGAUCAAAUCCUUUAGCAUUUUCCUAGGCCAACAACGUAGACCGUGCUUUUUAGCUGGGCUGAGAAGGAUGAGUGCCACGAGCAGCCGGGUUAUAUCCCAGCAGAAGCAAGGAUUAGCUGAACUAGGCCUAGGCGGGCUAGCUGUUGAACAUAACCCAAAUAAAUGUGAAUUUACUAUAUCAAUAGAUGCCACAGGUAGUAGUGAACCAGCCGUUUUACAGUAUGACCACCUUCCAGGAAAUAUAGUUGACAUGUACCACACCGGUGUACCGGAGGCAUAUAGGGGAAAAGGUGUGGCAAAGCAUCUUGCUAAGGCUGCCCUCGACUAUUUUUCAAGCCAAGACUUAUCAAUUAGGCUCUCAUGUACAUACCUCCAGAAGUAUGUAAGGGAUAACCCGCUGGAAAAGUACACAGCCAAACUUGAGCAAAACUGAAGGCGAAUUUAAAAGUUUUUAUUUACUUUAUAUACCAAACAAAUCUGUUAUGUUGAAAAAUGAAGCCAGACUAUUUUUUAAAAAAUAAUACAUUAAACUAUAUUGACUUUACUAAAAAAAUUUAGAAUUGUUGUAUUGAUAAUAAAAAGAAAUAUACUUGAGAGCAAUCCAGGGAGUCAUGUACAGUACAAAGAAAUUAUAUAAUGUAAUACUUUCGAAGAAUAUCUAGGUGUGUUGGUUUUUUUUUUUUUAAUGCUGUGGUGAACAAUAGCAGAAUUAUAUACUACAGUCAUGCACAGAUGUAGCCAACAAAGCAAUCAUAGUGGACCAAUCAGCAGCUUACAGGGCUUAGUAAUAACAAUAACAAUAUAUAUUUAAUAAAAGUGUUUUGGAAGAGUUCAUAAUUGCAAUUACCUGCUUCUAGGCCAUUAGGUUUAAUGGAUUUAUAUUUCAAUCACAUAAAUAUAGUUACUAAUAGUGUACACUGUACUAAAAAUUAUCAAAAGUAAAUACAGUACAGCUGGUUGUGUAAUCUUGUAACACGGAGCAGGGUCAAGCUUUAACAUCAUAUCAUCCCCAAACAUAAUAUUAUAUCCGUGUUGAGGUGAAUCACAUAAAAACAAUUAGAAAAACGUUUUCAGGAAAAUCUAUGUGCACCAUAUUCUCAAUAACUGCAGCCCAAACUGUGGUUGGUGGGGGUGUGGACUUUCAUACACCACCAUGGGCCAAAUCCUGCAUUAAUCCCCAACACCCAAGAUGGGAACAGUAAUGGCAAAAGUACGGUUGUUGCAUUCAACACGUACUGUCACAUUAGAUAGUGUCAUCUCUUCUAUCGUUGUCGAAGAUUACCUGUUGACUUUGUAAAUAUUUACCAAUGUUGACAUUAGAGAAAUAAAUUCAAGAUCUGAUUUUGA